AUAGCUCGCAAUUUCACCGCCCCUUCUCAGUGACGACACCUGAGGAGAGGACAACGCUGUCAGAUGGUUGGAAUGAAUCACAUGGAAGUGCAAAUUCUUUGUACAGAAAAUUAUUUUGAUUUUUCGUUCACUGUACGUACUCCAUGAUACACUGCGUGAGAUCAGUUACGGUUAGCCAAUAUGACAAAUGUUGAACGAAGGCCUUAUAUAUUACGCAAUACUCUCAUGGAAAAAAAUUCCUAAAUCUAUAGAGUAUUUAAAUGCCUUUUCACGCAAUUAUAGGCUUGAACUUUACAGCUUCAAGCUUUGAUAUAAUAUAUUUAAUUACGAAAAUUGUUGGGUAGCGGUUUGUAACAAGAGCUCUGUUCUGUUGAUCUGUAACAUUGGCACACAACUCAAAAGAAAUUCGAUGCAAGAAUUGCGCACGCGAUAAACGGCAAGUGACAAAUACUGACGUUACAAAUUGAUGUAUAUGAUGUAGAGUAUUGCAUGUGGUUUAUAAUAUAAGGAAAUAAUUACCGACUUAAAUUGAGGGUAAUGGAUGAAAAGGAAAGUGGAAAUCAAAAGAAGCAAUCCAAGAAAAGAGCGAGGAAUCCGUCGGAGUGGAAACGUGAGAAAAGGAAGCGGCUUCGAAUUGCUGGCAAAGAGUACGUAAAUAGCAGAGGUGACGUCGUUAACGAACGGAAAAUUGGGGAAGAUUGCAAAUGCCGCAGGAAGUGUUACAGUCUUGUGCCAGAAGACCAGAGAAAUAAGUUAUUUGAUGGAUACUAUUCGUUGAAUAGUCAUGACGAACAAAAUGCAUAUCUAUUCGGCCUUAUAAGGAAGCAUGACAUUGCUCGUAAAAGGUGCAAGGAAAGUGACAGGCGAACAUGUAGUUACAAAUAUUAUGUACGAAUACGUGGUAAAGAAGUUCAGAUAUGCAGAUUAGCUUUUGCUCAUAUUCAUGGUAUAUCUCCUCAUAAGAUAAGAAUUUUGUGUCAGAAACAAGAUCAAAAUGUAAUGUUCCCCCGGGAUGGCAGAGGUAAACACAGUAACAGGCCCCGUAAAAUACCUGAAGACACCUUGAGUCAAAUUAAGGAUCAUAUAUAUUCUAUCAUAAGUUCUGAUCAAGUUUGUGGCUUCUUGCGUGAAGAAAAACACAGUGGGCCUGAUUUGAACAUUACGAAAAUGUGGAAAGAUUACUUAGCAAAACAUGACCCCAACUACAAGGACAUGUUUUCUGAGAAAGAUGAAAUUGAUAUUUCUAAAGAUGCUAAUGGAAUGAAUAUAGAAACAGAGUGUCAACUUAUGGCAGAUUUCACAGAUGCUGAAUUAACUGAUGAGCACCAUAAUCAUACAUAUUCUACCACAAUGGAUUUGUCUGAGUAUCCAAUUGCUUCAGUUGCUGAUUCUUUGGGGCUUCUAGAUCAACCUGCAGAAUCUGAAUUUUGCACUGAGAAUGAAACUUCAUCUGAAACACUAAAUAAAAGGAAAAAAUAUGUUCCCAUUGUUAAACAUUGGUUGUAUAGUAAAGUGUUUCAUGAAGAAUUUAAAAUUAAUGAUUUGACGUCUUUCAAGAAGAAAUCGCAUAUGAAAGAACUCUCAAAAGCACCCUCAAAUAGUCAGGGAAGUAAAUCUGAAAGAAAGCAGAGAACACCCAAGAAGAUCAGCAGAGAAAAAGACACUUGUAUUAGCAUGAAAGUUGUUGAACCAGAUCUACCCAUCGAUUCAGUUCCACCACUUGUUGAAACUCCAGCUGCAGAUUUACAAAAUAUUAACAUUGGGCAAAGUGCUGACAUGUAUAUUUUACCUGUAAGUCUCCAAGACAUUGCUCAAAUACCACCUGGACCUGAUUCUGCUAAUCAAUCACAACAUGCUCUGCAAUUCAAUUUACAUACUUUUUCCACUCAAAACAAUGUUCUAAGUCCGAUAGUAAAUGUCUCAGGACCUACACAAGGUAUUCAGUGUUCUAGCGUUGUUACUAUACCUGCAGGGUCAGUCAGUUUUACUCAGAAUUCGUGUGAAAUGUUUACUUCUACUACUACCUCUAUUCUGACAGAAGAAACAAUUCAUAAAUUUCAAAAUGAAGGAGCAGUAGUACUAAGAGGCGUCUUUUCUCCAUACUGGAUACAGACUGUUCAGAAGGGAAUUAAAAAGAAUUUGCAAAAUCCAAGUAAAUAUGCUCAGUGGCUAAAGACAUCAGAAUCUAGUGGAGUGUACUUUAAUGACUACUGCAACUGGAAAAGAAUAUCAGAGUUUACAGAGUACAUUGAAAAAUCUCCUGCUGCAGAGAUUGCUGCCAGAUUAACUCAGUCAAAGGAAGUGAGGUUUUUCCAUGAGCAUGUCUUGGAAAAAUCACCAGGAACGGAAAAACAAACACCAUGGCAUCAAGAUCAACCUUAUUAUCCAAUAAAUGGCAGUCAAGUAAGAAUUUAACAUUGAAAUCACAUGUAUGAUUUCCAACAUUUCCUUUAAGGUUUGUUCCAUAUGGAUGCCUGUUGACUCAAUUCCUUUUGAGUCUUCACUUCAACUUAUUAGUGGAUCACAUAAAUGGAAUCGUUGGUUUAAACCUCGUAUGUUUGCUACUCUUGAGGACUAUGAUGUAACUGGAGAAUCACAGAAUUAUGAAUCAUUGAAUGUUGAUGAAAUGAGUAAAUACCCAGUUCUACAAUGGGCAGUUGAGCCAGGCGAUUGUGUUGUAUUUCACAUGUUGACUGUGCAUGGAGCAGCAGGGAAUACAUCAAUGUCUAAUCAUCGGAGGGUUCUUGCAACCAGAUGGCUUGGUGAUGAUGUUUACCUAAAUAAUCGACCAUGGCAAGUUUCUCCUCCAUUGGAAGCUGUAUUCUCAGAACCAUCCAAUCCAUCGCUUGAAGAACUUCCUUUGGCAUGGACAGAAGGAGAUUGAAGAAUCUCUGAAUAAAAUGAAGUUAUUGGAAGGUAGGGGGAAAAGGCAAGAAUAAAAUUUCAAAACAUUUAAUAAAAAGUAAUUGUAAUAUAUUUCAUCACUCCUAAAUUGUUCUAUAUCACUGUACAUCUUUGGUAAAUUACUAACACUCUAAAUAAAAAUGUAAUUUGUUUCAUUAACAAGAAAACAUAAAUAAAGCAAUAUAUCUGAUGUCCUAUUGUUAUUAUUUCAAGUUACUUGAAAAUUAUAUUAAUUUAAGUUAUUAUUUCAAUAAGUACCAGAACUCAAUGUCUGGCUCAAUAUCAUGGAUACUGUGUUUAUUGAACAUUAAUGAAAUAAUCAAAUGGGAAAGUAUUUUAUUAGAUACAGAAAGGCAAUGAAUGGUUAACAACAAAAUAGUAGUGAUACGGAAGAAUCAUUGAAACAUUUAAAAAAUGCUUAAUGAUCAGUGUAACAUCUUACACAGAUAUCCAGGAGCACUGUGUGGAAAGUUCAAAAGUUUUUUCAAAAGAAUGUUUACGUAAGACAAGAAAUAGAAGAAAGGACAUAAGAUAUGACAUUUCAUGGAUCCCAUGUAAUGAGUAGAUGAUAAGUAAUGUCAUGGUGAUAUUAUUUGAGGAAAGGCCAUUCAAAAUUGUCACAGCACUUUUAUAAUUAAUGCUAAUCACUCAAUCAAAACAAAUUGUAAAAAAAGAAACAUUCCUUCUGUUUUCAUUUCUUUCACCUUUAAACUUUAACACAAUUUGAAAGCAAUAGAACUUGACAUUAGAGAAAUAGGUAGUUGUGGAUCUACAAAUUAAUUUUUAUUUUUUACACCUUUGCUUUUGAAAUGCAUUGUAUUCACCACAAAUUAAGGAAAUAAAUGAGCAAACUCUUUUAAAAGGCAGAGAUGAAAGUACUAAUAAUCAAUGAAAAAGAUUGCCAUAAAACCAUUGCAAUAAAAAAGUCUGGAAGUUCAGUCAUUUAUUUUAUCUAAAAUACUUUAGCAAAAAGGCAUUUAUUUUCACUGAAAUAGAAAUAUGUAAAGGCAUGUAUUCUGGCUAGAAUGGGGGGGAGGGGGGUACAAACAGGCAAGUAAACAAUGAAAAUUCACUACAAAACAAACAUCAAAUUAUAUUUCUUAUUAUCUUUAUUGCACAUGACCACCUGGUAUGAUGACUAUAAUUUUUUCUCUCUUGCAACACUGUCUUUACAAAAUACUAGUAGACUCCCAUUUGUAUCUUGGAAUGGCAUCAGUGAAAAUGGGAUUAUAGUUUUU